AUGAAAGUCACAUCUCUCCUUUUCGCAUUGAUUCCUAUUUUGGCUGCCGCAGUCCAAGACCCCCUCUCCUACCGCUCCAUCGAACCGGUCUACACCCUCCCCAAACCAGACAAUGUAACGACCCUGCUCGACUUUAUCGCCUCGCGCUCAGACCUGAGCAAGCUGCACAAGUCCAUCCAGCAGAGCGGCGGCUUUGAAGAGGCAUUCGAUACGAACCCGACGUGGAAAUUCACCUUCUUUGCGCCGAAUGACGAGGCGUUUAAUCAUACCGGGAGAUAUUUUGAGACGUUUGAGGCGACGCCAAAGGGCAAGUGGUGGCUAGGAAAUACGAUCAUCCACCACUACGUCCCGAAUACGAUCUUGGAGUCGUCGGUCUUUAAUGAGACGUAUCAGAGAUUUCAGACCGGCACAUACCUCUUCGUCGGCGCGCAAACUCAAGGGGAUGACCUAGUCCUCAAUAAAGUUGCGCGGGUCGUGGAGAGCGAUAUUCAACUCACAAACGGCGUUGUCCACAUCAUCGACCGAAUUCUAGAACCCUCGGCGCAGAUCCACGAGGCUGAUAUUCCCUGGCUGAAGCAGUCCUUUAUCGCGGGCAGCUGCUCCAACCCGGCGCUGCCAUAUUGUUAA